AUACAUUAUACAUACAAAUUCAAGAGAAGCAAAACGUGAGUUCAACUAUCUCUAUUACAUAUAAAUAUGCUUAAACCUUUGUUUUACAUGCAAAGACAAUGGGGAAUUCAUUAACAUGUAUCUCACCAGACAAGAAAAAAGUGAGAAAAAAAGGGUUUACACAUCCGCCGCAACCUCCACGUAAUUCUGUAGGAUGUUCAAGUGAAAGAAAAAGCUUAGCUUCUUCUUAUUUGGAUGAGGAUUUAGCAGAACAAGCCAUUGCUGCUGCCAUGCUUUUUCGGCAUCAUCAGAAAAACGGCAGUCUUCCGUUUCCGAGAUCGCAUUCUCUUGUUUAUCCUUCUCAAACCUCAACCAAACCUUUUACUAAGAGUUCCACUUCUAAACAACGUCCUUCUCUCGAUCAUUUGUUGAAACCAGCUCGACUUGAUGCAAAGAUUGAUGAUGUUGAGACCAAACAUGUAAUGCUAGUACAUGGAGGUGGUUUUGGAGGUUGGUGUUGGUAUAAAGUGGUUACACUUCUGGAGGAAAAUGGGGUUAAAGUUGAUGCAAUUGACUUAACAGCAUCCGGCACUCAUUCAUCUGAUCCCAACACUAUUACUUCUCUAUCCCAAUACAUACAACCACUCAUUGAUUUUCUUCACAAUCUCAAACAAGGACAUCAGGUGAUAUUGGUAGGACAUGACAUUGGUGGUGCUUGUAUAUCAUAUGUAAUGGAAUUAUUUCCAUCUAAAAUUGCUAAAUCAAUUUUCAUAGCUGCACCAAUGUUGUCCAAUGGCCAGAGUGCCUUUGAUGUAUUGUCCCGGUUACAGGUAUCAUUAAUAUUGUUGUUUAUAGCCUCCAUUUGAUUUGCUUGAAUUUCUAUGCAUUUUCUUUUUCUAUUUUAGACAGAUGCUACUGAUCUAAUGCGACAAGCCCAAUUAUUUAUAUAUGGCAAUGGCAAAAAUUACCCUCCAACUGCAAUUACUCUAGACAAGCCAUUUUUGAAAGAUUUAUUGUUUAAUCAAACUUCUC